AUGGCUGACUACGAACGUCGACACCACGGCCCUAGGGGCGGGCGCAAGAGGCGCUACAGAGAUGAUGACGACUUUGAUCGCCGCCCCCAGAGGCGCAGAUAUGAAGAGCCUCUUGUUGUUAAGGUCCGGAGACAGCUGCUCACGAUUGCGGAAUCGGCUGCCAGGAGAGCAGAGGACGAUGUGGUGAGCAUCGCGAAGACCGUCGCCGAGAAUUACGAGGACGAGGAAAUCAGAAACAGCUAUAUUGAAAUCGUCCUUGACCUUGUUAUUGAGCAACCGUUGAAAAUCCCCUUCGCCGCAGCGACAGUCCUUGUUGUCAACAGCCAGAGAUCGGAGAUUGUAGCUGAGGUGCUCAAGAGAGCCAGUGAAUUAGCACAAAAGCACAUCAACACUGGAGCUUGGCGUGAGGUCAAACUUGUCUUGCGCUUCUUGGGCUGCCUUCAGUUCAUUUUUGAGGGCGAUGGUAUCUUUCCACUGCUUGAGGAGCUGUUUGCGCGCGCAGUUGAUCUUCAGACAGCAUCUUCGGAAGACUUGCUAGGUCUCGAGCUCGUCAAGAUCAUCCUUUUUACUAUUCCAUACGUGAUGGCGUCCCCGGCCACUGGCUUUGAGUCUCAAGCGGUUGCCCUCCUGGAGAAGACAGAUGUCAUUGCAUCUACCCCACAUACUUUGGUUGACUUGGUAAACCCGUUUGUCUCCGAGGGCGGCAAGCCGACUGCUGCUCACAGUGUCAUCGGGUUGAUGCAGACUCAACUGCAGACCGAAGCCAGCCGAGGCUGGGAGCUCGUAUGUCUCCCUAGGCCAUGGAAGCCACUUCCAGAAGGAGAGGGAGAAGAACCCAGGACAUUGGAACCAGGGACAAAACAUACUUUCCCUCAAAUAACUGUUCCUAACCCUGUGCAAAAUGGAGCCAGGGCGAUUUUCCCGGAGAUCUACUUAUCUGUGUAUGCGAACCAAGAGAUGGAGACAGUACCGCCAACGUCGGACAUCACAUCCUCCUUGUUGCGCGAUGCUCUUGUCGAUACAAUCAAUAUCCUCGACUUCAAUCGGAUCGCGACUGCCAAGUUUCUGAUUGAUGUCGACUGCUAUUUCACACCGAACACUUUUGUGAAGCGCGCAACCCCCUUUGACCGACUGCGUGAUAUCUCGGGGGAUCGACCAGUGUGGAAACCCGAAGAUGUUGCCGUUGAUGCUGUAUUUUCUCAAUUGUUCCAACUCCCCGCCCCGGAACAUAAGCUCGUCUAUUACCACUCAGUCCUCACUGAGUGUUGCAAGAUUGGGCCUGCCGCUAUCGCUCCGAGUUUAGGGCGUGCGAUUCGAUUCUUGUACGGAAGCUUGGAAACGAUUGACCUCGACUUGAGCCAUCGAUUUUUGGAUUGGUUUUCUCACCAUCUAAGCAACUUUGGUUUUACAUGGAAGUGGAGUGAAUGGAUCGACGACCUUGAACUUCCUCUUAUUCAUCCUAAAAUGGCAUUCAUUACGGGUUCACUCGACAAAGAGAUUCGACUGAGUUUCGCACAGCGCAUUCGAGGAACUCUUCCAGACCCUUAUCAGGACUUAAUCACCGAAGGCAAGGAGAAAGACACGCCUGACUUUAAGUAUUCAUUGGAUACUACACCUUACGCCAAUGAAGGAAAAGAACUUAUGCAGCUCAUCCGCAAGAAAGCUGCUGAUGAAGAAAUUCAGCCAAUCAUUGCUAUAAUCGAAGAGCAGGCGAAAUCACAACGAGUCGAGGACCCCAUGCUAGCCUCGACCGAUGUCUUUGUCACAGCCAUAUGCUUUGUUGGCUCAAAGUCACUUUCCCACGUUCUUUCCUGCAUCGAACGGAACAAGGAGCGGUUACUAGCCAUCGGGCCACAGUCUCCCAAGGCUCGCUUGCAGAUUAUCACCUCCGUCAUGGAGUACUGGGUCGAUCAACCGGGCAUCGCUAUUAAUAUUAUAGACAAACUACUGAAUUACACGAUUCUGUCGCCUAUUUCGGUCAUUGAGUGGGCUCUGGUCGAGAAUCUGAGUGCAGGAACCAUUCUCUCAAAGACGCACGUUUUCGAGAUGAUCUCUGCCACCGUUGGUAAAGUCACCAACCGCAUGCGACAGAUUGUUGCUGCGCGUGUCCAGCCGGCUCUGUACGAGCCCCAGCUGAGUGUGCUGGAUGAGACCUUGAACCGCGAGAGAGGCGAUAUGCAGGCUCUAUUCAAGGUGAUUGAAGACUCAGUCGUAUCCGUCGCCGGCGGUAGUAAUGACGAGCUGAUGGAGAGAGGAGACGGAAGCGGGGACUUGCCAGAGGACGAAAUCAUCCGCCAAUGGGGCCGUAGAUGGCUCAGGGUGUUCAGACGAAAGGCUGGUGUUGAGGAAUCGUUCAUCUCCGAGAGCCUGACCAAUGCCACCCCACUGGGUACAACUGCACCACCUGUGGUUCAGGAGGCUUCUACCACUGCAGACGGAGACCUUGAUGUCGCUGACGCAGAUGGCGCUGCUUAUAUCUCGUAA